UACAAUUUGGAUUGGAAGUUAUAGAUGCAAAAAUAGACAAAAGUAUUGAAAAUGAUACAUGUUUACGGAAUUUAAUUAAAGAAACCUGUAAUAGCAUAAUGCAAAGAAUUGAUCAGGGAAAAAAGCCAAGGGAACUUGAGAAUGACCAAAUAUUGAAUCAUAGCGAACAGGUCAACACAACAGUUUUCAAUGGAUCAACAAUCAACGCCAUUGUCAAUGACAAGAAUAGAGUAAAAGUAAAAAGAGGGACAUUAAAUAACCACAUUCUUGAAAAUAACAACAAUGAUAAAAUAGUAUGCAGACAAAUCAAAUCACCCUCCACUUCAGCAUGUCCUUUAGUUGAAGCAGCAUUACAAGUUCCCGAGAUACCAAACGAUGAAAAAGGAGUUUAUAUUGUAGCGCAAGUGGAGCUAAAAAUAACAUGCGUAAAAACCCAAAUUCGGGAAGUCCAUGAUUUGGCUUUUAACCAAACUGAGACAUUCAAUGUUAUCGAACAUUUUGCAGUCGGAAUAUUCUACAAAGAAUUGAAAGGUUUCCUGUUGUAUAUUUCUGUUCUAAGCUGGUAUACAAAUUUCCUGUUAGAACAUGAAAUCAUACAUGGCAGCGAUUCAGGAGCUUCUCUAAAAAUGAUUGAAAGCCCUUAUAUGAAGGACGUAGACGUAAACGAAGCUUUGGGAAACUAUUCAUGUGAUGACACAGAUGAUGAAGAUAUAAAAGACACAUAUGAAUGUGGGCGAUGUAAAGCAAAGUUUCAAAGCCUAGACAGUUUCAUGAGUCACAAGAUGUCUUGUAAAGUGAAAAAAACUGGAAAGAAGGUGACAAAGUCUGAUGCUGAUUCUGAGGACCUGACAACUCAGUUUAGAUAUACACUUAGCACUGAUGAUGAACACGUUAUGAAUGACAUACAAAAGAUGAUAAAAGAAAACACAGAUAAAUUUACGACAACGAAUAUGGGCAACGACUUCUACGAAAAGGGUAGCUUGGUGAUUUGGGGGAAAAUGAAUACAUCAGUCACAAAGAAUAGAGAGUCAGUAAAGAAAUGUAUGGAAGUGUUUGUGGUAAACAUGUUGGAAAACUGUCAGAUAAAUUCAGAAAAGGAAACAAAGGUUACCGUGAAACUAGAUAUAUUGAAAGAAAUAGAAGGGUGUGAAGACGAUGACGAGGACGUGUUUUGCUGCGGAAGAUGUAACAAAUUGUUUAACAGGAUAGAUACAUUUAGUUCACAUAAAAAGGAAUGUAACAGGAGAGCAAGACUUUUAAGGACCAUCAGACAAAAAGAGUUGCUUUCAGGAGAAAAACCACGAACGGUUGAAGCUCAAUGCAAUUCAAGUGAACAGACUAUAGAUCCUUUGAAAACCAAGGAGUCAUCUAACCCAAUAGAAAUCGGACUUUCUUUAUAUCCUGAUGAAUCCAAAAAGUAUUACGAACAACUUCAAAACAUUGAACCAUCGGAAAGUGGAAAAGUUGUCCUCAGACAAAUGAGAAAGAAAAAGAAAAAGAAACCUAGCACCUCACGUAAACCUGAUACAGAUGACUCAGAUACAAGCUUUUUGGGAAGCGAAAGCAAUUUUUCUACAAUAAGUUCCUCAACUGACAGUGGUUUUGAUACCGAUCGAUUAACGAAUUUGACACAAGAUAUUUCAGAAGACAUGGUUAUUAAUUCAGAUUAUAGUGAAGGCUCUAUGUCAUCUGCUGAUGAGAAAACGCUCAAAGUCCUACAAGAAAGUUCAAAAGUUCAGGCAAGUUCAACUGAUUUGUCAGAGCCAGAGGAAACCGGUAAAUAUGAAGACUUGAAUUUUUAUCAAAGAUCUAAAAAAGGUUUAGAUUUCGAAUUGAAAGAUGAUUUAAAUCUUAUAAAAUUUGGUCUUGACCUGUCACCUAGUUGCGUAAACGAUCUCUCUUCGCAUAUGAAAAGACACAAAAAAGAAUAUUAUGAAGAUUUAAUACUUGACAAUAAUAAGUUACAAAUUCUCUGUAGGAAUGAGCCCUCUAAGUACAAGCGAGGAAUAAUCGAAAUUGAGGCAUCACAUAUGGCAAAAUGCACAGUAUCAGAUAAGGCAGAUACAGAUGUAAUUGAAAUAUCGGGCCGUUCCAAAUGUGGAAAAGCAUACACAGAAGACGAGGUCGUAAUUGAAAUUUUAGGUCGAGAAAUUAGCAGCUCUAACACUCUACGAAUGGAAAAGAAAAAGCAGGUAGGAAAAACAUAUGGCAAAGUAGUUGGUCUGUUAAAACGAACUCGAUGCAGGAACAUGGACUACCCUGUAUUUAUUUGUGAAAUUGAUGAACAUGAAAUGGAUAAGGCAAAGCCUAUUUGUAAAACAAUGCCCAAAUUGCAUUUAGUUCGUGAUGAAAAAGAAUUAAAACCGUAUACAGUUGAUAUUUAUAAAUACAAAAAGCGAAAGCGAAUAUUAGAAUUUCAAGAAUCUCUGACAAUAAACAAGCAUUUGAUAAAAGCUUACUUGUUCUAUGUUGUCUGCCUGUCAUGGGAAAAACUACAGUACCCAAUGGGUGCAAUUUUCAAAGUCCAUCAUUCGACACAAAAUUACAUUAAAAGUAUGCGAAUACUAGAUUUGCAAUAUAAAAUACCCUCUGAAUACGAAGAAAAUACUAUGGAAUCCACCAAUAAUUUACUACAGAUGACCAAAGAAGAGAGUUUGAGUACAAAGUUAUCCAAUCGGCGUGAUUUGACUGGUUUGAAUAUCUUUACAAUAGAUCCAGAGAAAUCAAAGGUUUUUGAUGAUGCAAUACAUAUAAGAGAAGUUCCUGGUGAUUGCACUAAAGGAUUACGCAAUGCAGAACAUUACGAAGUAGGGGUACACAUUACAGAUGUUGCAUCUAUUGUAAAGCUUAAUUCUGCUAUGGAUAUUGAGGCAUUACAGAGAGGCACGACGUAUUUCCCUGGUCAAUUUCUUUUUCCGCAUCAUAUGUUGCCAGAGCCAAUAUCUGAGGAUAUAUGUUGUCUUUUACCGGAGCAGGAGAGGCCAACUUUAACUGUAUUUUUAUAUUUCAAUAUAAAUAAGGAAAUCUUAUUUGACAAAACAAAGUUAUGUAAGUCAACCAUAACAUCACGUGCUAAGUUGAGUUAUAGAGAGGUUCAGAAUAUGAUUGAUAAUCCAGAAUAUGAACAUGCUCUAAAGACGGAAAUAAAACAACUGUAUGAAAUUUCAAAAACAAUUAGAAAAAAGAGGCUUGGAAAUGCAGCUUUAUCUGUUCCUGUUGAACUUAAUCUUCCCGGAGAAGGAGAUUCUGAUGCAUUUGAUGCAUACUAUUUAAUAGAGGAAUUUAUGAUUCUUACAAAUUACAUGGUUGGCAUUCUUAUCAAACGUAAUUUCCCAGAUUGUGUUCCACUGAGAUGCCAAGAUUCUCCAUCGAUUCAAAAAGUGAACGAUUGGCUAACAUUAUAUCCAAACAUUUCAGAUAUCAUAUUACAACUGCAAGGUCGUUCUCUAGCUCAAGAUAGACGCCUUUCAAUGGCAAACAUCGGAGAAACAGUACGAAAUGAUAUUCUUCCAGUACAAAGUUGGGUUUGGAAUUCAUUUGUAUAUUCAGUUAGGGAUGAAAACUUUACAGCAGCAAGAGUUCUUCUAGGGAGCGAUGAACUACAUCCUAUGCAUGCACUUGCAUUGCAUGACUGGGAAACAAUUCAGGAAACUGCUGUUUACCGAUGCUCUGGUACAAGCAUUACAACAGAACGCCAUUACUCACUUAAUAUAACCCCGUAUGUGCAUUUCACUGCUCCAAUUAGGCGGUAUAUCGAUAUCGUUGCCCAAAGACUUUUCCAUGCAGCAAUUGAUAAAGAACAAUCCCCCUACAGCAGUGAACAAAUUAAAAACAUGUGCGUAUAUGUGAACAAUGUGUCUAGAAAUGCACAAAUAUAUAGAAGUAAAUGCCAAGAGCUUGUAUUUGCAAGUAUAGUUGUCAAAGAACCGUUCAUGACUCAUGGAUUUGUAGAUGAUUUUACAGAAGAUGAAAUUAGAUUAAUCAUUCCUGGUCUAAAAUUUGUGCAGAGUCAACAUAAAUCUAUAUCAAUAUCCCACCUUCAUGUUUGCGCUCCACCACAGACAAUUCCAGAUACUGACAUCGUCAGGCGGACAGUUGAAAAAAAUCGCUUAGUCUUAAAAUGGAAAAAGCGUAUUUAUUCCAUAAAACAAAUGGCACCAAAGGGUAGAAAUCCUAAAAGCGGUUAUGUAAGAAGUACUGAUGAGUAUCAGAAAAUCCAUCCGCAUCAAAAUGCAAAUUUUCAUAAAGUAACAACUUGGGUUCACUAUUUGAAACUACUUACUUCUGGAGCAAAUUCAUCACAGCUGAAAAGAGAAUUAAGUUUGGAUAGGUUACGUGCCGGAUUUCGAGACAGAUAUUUACCAAGUGCCUUUAAUACAGAGUUGGAUAUUAAUUCUGAACUUCAAAAUCCGAAUACACGUGAGAAUGGAAACGAUCACGUUAUGUUUCCUGAGCAAUUUUCCCUCUUCAGUUUUUCGUUUAGUCAUGGACAAUGUUUAGCAGUUCAAAUGUCAGCAGUCAUGCGCAAUGGGUUAUUGAUACCUGUAGUUGAUCUCCUGAGUUUGACACAUGGUAUUAAAUGCUGUCUUAAACAUAUGCGAGACCCAGUAAGUUGUUUUGAGUCUUAUUCAACAGUCAAAUCAAAAGAUAACUAUGCGACAUCACAAGAGUAUAAAGAUACUUGGAUUCCAAUCAUCUUAAUGGAGUCGGCCUUUUCAGUUGUCAGAGAAAGUGGAAUAUUGAUAAAUGAUGUAAAUAUCAGAUUUCAGCAGAGAAAUGGAGUUUUCACGUUAAGAACGGAAUUUUGUUUUGAACGAUGCUUAGAUAUAAAACUUAUCACAACAUCGUUUCUUGAUGAUCAAAAAAAGAUAUACGAGAGAGAAAGUGAUAUUAAAACUGGAGUGUCAGACUAUCUAUGUAUACGUUGCCCAAUAAAUUAUGGCGAAGGAGUACGGUUUUUAGGACAGAAACUUCACUGUCGUCAUUAUUUCUGGCUUGGUCAUGCAAAAAUCACUAGAGUGAUAAAGAUUGCUAAAGAUACACCAGAUGAACGAAUAAAAGUUUUUUUUGAACUUACAAAUGAUGAUAUUGUUCCAGAGGCGAUACGAUAUAAAGAUAUAGGAGUCAAGUGUAGCAUUGAACUAUUACAAAGGAUAGAAUCAAACAAGAGAGUUGAAGCUUCUCUUCUCUAUCUGAACCGCGCAGACAUAACUCUUCCAAAGUCAAUAGCUUUGAAUAAACAGCCUCCAGAUAUUGAUGAAAAAUAUGCAAAUUUGGUGAAGUGUGACAUUGAAAUUGGACUUCCAGAAAAUAACAAAAUGCAGACAAAGGCUAUCAGAAUUGCUCUUCGAUCAAGCUUCUCUCUGAUUCAUGGACCACCAGGUACUGGGAAAACAAAUACUGGUAUAAAGCUCAUACAUCUGUUUCACAAAAUCAACCAGUUACGUCUUAAAGAUGUCAUGGAAUCUUGUUGUAAAAUCAUAUAUUGUGGUCCAUCUAAUAAGUCAGUUGACCUAGUUGCAAGGCGCCUUAUGAAACACUCUAUUAAAGGCGGUCCUAGUAUUGUACGUUUCUACGGAACCUCUAUAGAACAGUUAGUCUAUGAAGUUCCAGGAAAAGGCGUGUUCGAUAACAAAGGGUCUGAUUAUAAACCAGAUGAAGCUAUGAAUAAUAUUUCACUACAUUAUCUUAUCCGAACUACAGGACAAUAUGCAAGAGAAAUAUCAGCUUAUGAAGAAAACUUUAAGAGAAAGGCUAGCAACAUUACUCUUACUAAAGUUAAAGAGUAUAAGAAACUUUUGAGUACAGCAACCGAAGAAGAGCUUAGUAAACAUGACGUCAUUUUCUGUACAACAUCAAUGGUAACAAGUCCUCGACUUAUAAAAGCAACAAGGGAUAAUGUUUCGCAGCUUAUAGUUGACGAAUGUGGAAUGUGUACUGAACCGGAAUGUAUGGCCACAAUAAUAGCAUCAAAACCAGAACAAGUCGUAUUGAUAGGAGACCACAAACAACUUCGACCAAUUGUAAUGUGUAAACAAGCAGCUGAUCUAGGACUUGAAAGGUCCCUGUUCGAACGAUACUCAAAAACGGCAAGAUUUGUUCAGUUAAAUAUGCAAUACAGAAUGCAUGACAGUAUUUGUAAUUUUCCGUCUGGAGAGUUUUAUGAAGGAUCAUUGCAAACAGCUGAAUCGCCGUCAUAUGUAGAAAAUCCACGACUUUCUAUAUGGCUGAAUGAUCAAGGACUUCACAGGAAAGAAAGACACAUUUUUAGCCAUGUUGAAGGCACUGAGGAAUAUGUAUUAGUUAGCACUGAGUCAGAAAACGAACAUUCGUGUAGCAAUAAAAUUGAAGUUGAUCAAGUGAUCAAGAUCUUCAAGCACUUAUGUUACAAUGAGAAAAUUUUUAACAGAGGAGAAAAGUCGUGUACAUUGAAUAUCAUGUCCCAGUAUAAUGCACAGUGUCAGGAAAUCAAACAAGCAUUGGCAAGAGAAAAACUAGAUCACAGUGAAAUUCACACUGUGGUGUCAAGCCAAGGAGGAGAAUGGGACUAUGUCAUAUUCAGCCUAGUGAGAUCAUUACCUGAUUACAGAAUAGAACCUCAUCCCACUAAAGGAUGGUGUAAAGAAAACCUCGGCUUUAUCACAGAUCACAACCAGAUAAAUGUAGCGCUCACAAGAGCCAGGAAAGGAUUAUUUAUCAUAGGAAACAAGCAUCUUUUGACGUGUGAUCAGGUGUGGAAAAACCUAAUUACUGAAUAUGAAUCUAAAGGUUGUGUUAUAGAUGGAGCCAACUUUCCCAAAGAAGUCUUAUCUGCAAAUAAAAAGAGGAAAGCUAGUAAGAAAAAUCCUUGAGGUGGACAAGGAAUCAUUGCCUAACAAUUUACCUCAACAAUUUUCAAAAAUUUCAUCCCCCUUAGAGGACAGUUUAUAUCCCAAUGAAAAGGUGUACGAAUGACUCAUUUAACGAUACACAUUUUGAUUACCACAACUCCAAAUCCAUUGGAAUAGUUUACAUUUAUGAAUUCGAGAAUAUUUAUCUUACUUUGUUACAUUUUCUUUAUACAAAAUACAUAUCAGAAUU